AUGCAUUUCGCCCUCCAACUGUCAUUGGCUCUAACUGCGGCCGCUGGAGCCUUGCCCAAGCCUUCAGGGCCCUUCAAAGUCGGAUAUUCUGACCAUAUUAUCCCGCACGAUACUCCCAAUGAUCCCACUCCGGGACCUGGCAAUGAGCUUCUUGCUCACUUUUAUUACCCUACGAAUGAUAAGGUACAAAGGACUGUUCCUUAUUUUGAUGAGGUUGCAGCGGACCUUUGGGGAGGUUUCAUUGGACUGCCCGAUGCACCUUCGCUACUGAACCUAUCGACUGCCUUGAUAGGCAAUGCGAGCUAUCUACGAGCUCCUACUGGACGUCCAACAAUACUUUUCUCUCCAGGUGGUGGCGUCCCCGCCUGGAUGUACUACGGAUUGUUGGCGGAUUUGGCGUCUUACGGCUACGCUAUCGUUGCCAUUGAACAUCCUGGCGAGCCACCGUCGCUCAGGUGGCCCAAUGGAACGCAAACAAUCGGUUGGGAUUUGAACAAGGCCUACACAUCAGCUUUGGAUGAUCAAAUAGCCGCCUACCAUGUCAGCGAUUUGAAUGCUACUCUCUCUUGGUUCUCAUCGUUUGUCGGUAGCACUGGUGCUCCUUUUAGUACAUCACAGUAUAUUUCCCUGGGCCACAGUAUUGGUGGCGGGGCCGCAGUGUCUUUCGCUGCAGUUGAUAAGAGGUUGCAAGCCGUUGUGAAUCUCGAUGGCAUAUUCCGGGGUAAUGAAGUCGUCGUGACUGAUGUUGGUAGACCGGUCUUCUUAAUGACCAGUGUCAACCACACCACGGCGGCCGAUCCGUCUUGGAAUGUUUUUCAACAGCAUCAGACUGGAUGGUGGCAGAGCGUUAGCGUUUAUGGUUCUGGGCAUCUCGAUUACUCGGACAUCACAUCAUGGAACAGCGCCUUGGGCUUCUCCACUUUGGUUCAGACUGAUUUUGGCUUCCUUGGAGGAGUGAGAAUGACGCAGAUCAUUCAAAAGUAUGUCAAAGAUUUUCUAGCCUUUGUGGCAGGAAGCGGGAAGGGUGUUCUUGCUGGCCCGAGUCUGGAAUGGCGAGAGGUUAUAUAUGUUGGUGGAAACAACCAUUAA